CAGUAGUACGGUAUAUAGCACGGACACCGACGGCAACGUCCCUGCCUCCAUUCUAUCAACCAACCUUUCCCUUGACAAUCUUGCUUUUACCCGUUUACAAGUUUAGCUUACUUCUGGAAACGAAAAGGCAACGAACUCCGGAAACCGGUGACAAGGCGCCUGUCAGAUGCAAUUGACGGUGCUCGGUUCCAAAACUCCUUCAUAACCGCUUUCGAUGGCUCGCCAGCAAACGUAUUCCUUUUCAUUUGGACCUUCAUUGAUGCAACGAAUGCGAACUCUAGCAGACCUUGCCCUAAGACGAUUCGGAAUACAUUGCGCAACACAUCAAGUUCGUCUCAUCCUUAUCUCGGCGAUUGUCAUCACGUCCUUGUCGUACCCUGCACUUGCCAUAUACUGGUCGACCCCAGCUUACUCGCGCUUUGUAUCUACAUCAAACCCCCUCGAUUCUUUCCUCACUGCUCAUGCGACAUAUGACAGUUACACACAACGGGACAUACAUCAACUUUGGGAUGGAAACGCCAACCUCCAAGUACGAGACGACUUCCUCACACGAGCACGCUGCGGAAGUGACCGUACACUUCGUGUUGAACGCAUUCUCGUCAACACUGUCGACGGGGCAGGGGCACUUUCCCUGCAAACUUUGCUUUACACCCUUCAACUAGAAGGGCGGAUCCUCCAAGGACUUCUGAAUCAUGGAGUCUCUUGCAACGAUCUGAACUCGCAUCACUGUUUUGUUAUCAGCCCCCUUUCCUUUUGGGAACACGACGAGGAACGUCUGCGCAGCGACAGGAACAUCUCUCUAACAGCCACUCGCUCUGAAGGUGUCACAGCUGCAGGUGUACAUGUUACACCGCAGAUGGUCCUUACAGGGCGCGACUCCUCACAACGCAAUCCUGCCACCCCUGACUCUGCAAUGUUCCUGGCACUUACUUAUGUAUUCCCUGAGACGGAUUGUUCGAGGAGUGCCGGUCACGAUUCUUGGCUACAGAUAAUCGAGAACUCAACUAUGGAGAUUGCGGAAAGCGCGCGAGUGUUUACAGUGACUGCGGAACCGAAACUAAUUGCGCUGGAGUACAAUCAUAGCCUAUCCAAGACUACGGGAACUUCAUCCAUUUCAACGUUUUUAUACCUCUCGUAUGGUGCAUUUUGCGCAUAUGUCUCGUGGUCGAUGAAGCGCAUGAAUGGUGUGCACACCCGUAUUGGUCUCACCUUCACGGCACUCGUUGAGAUUGCGGCAAGUACAAUCACCAGUCUGAGUGUAUGCGCGUUGUUACGCUUUAAAGUGACCAUGGUUCCCUGGAGCCUUCUCCCUAUCGUUAUCAUCUUCGUUGGUGCGGAGAAUAUGUUUAAUCUCGUGGAUGCGGUGACUCGCACGUCUAUUACGCUACCUGUCAAAGAGCGCAUCGCUGAGGGACUGAGUCGCGCUGGCACCUCUAAUACACUCAAAGUCCUGUCGUAUAACUCCAUCCUGGGCGUCAUCGCAUUUUUCUCUGCUGGUGCAAUCAGGCAGUUUUGCACCUUUGCAGUGGUGGUCCUCAUUGCACAUUGGUUCCUUGCGCAUACGUUCUUCUUGGCAGUACUCAGUAUUGAUAUCCAAAGGUUGGAGCUCAAUCAAUUGCUAAGACAAGACCCAAGCUUAACGCCCGCUGCGUCUGCUUCGACUCGUGAUGCCUCACUGGAGAAAAACGCGCCCAACUGGCAGCGAGCCACGCUCAAUGCGAAGGAGUCACUCAAAGGUCGCGCCUUAACGAACAUCAGCUUGUUGUUGCUCCUUGCUAUCACGGCAACACUAUAUGUUAUGACGAGACCUGCUGCUCGUGAAAGCGAGGCAGGAUUCAUCAUUCCUUCCACCGUUCAGCAACGCACGCAAGCAGCUCACCGUCGCCCAGAUUCACAAGACCCCGCCUGGCGUAUUUGGAAGACGCUCAAUCCCCAUGAAGAACCACUAGUUCAUCUCCGUCUUGAAGUCCCGGCCAUUGUCGCGUUCCAGCCUGGUACAGGGGCAGAACUGGGUUAUGAGCACGCCCCUGGGCCUGCACGCUCCAUUAACCUCGUUUUCUGGUUCCUUAAGUUCGUCAUCCUGCCGAUCGGCGUGACAAUUGCCACGCUUUAUGGACUGCUGCUAUACCUGUUGAAAGAUGCCGAGCUACUUGAGGCACAGCGGAACCGCGCAGAAGCUGAUGCACCCUCCCUCAAGGGUGAAAAGUCACUCAAUGGAGAAACUUCUUUCAAGACACUCCCGCGCGCUUUUGCGACUGAUGUCGAGCUGCUUGCAUCAAGCAAAGACUGUGAAGUGAUAGCUGCGGUUGGACUACAGAAUGAGCUGAGCAUAUGGCACUUCAACGACCCAAACCCUGUCCUCAUCGAUACAAGCGACAUUUUGCUGAGUACAGGCAGUACAUCGUUUUCGCAGGAGCGGAUAGCCGCAGUUGCCUUGGAUGACGCAGGAGAGUACUGUGCUAUAGGGACAACGCAUGGGACAAUUGGGGUGUGGUUCAUGCCGGGGAGGAGCGCAAGACUAUAUACGACCCUUGCGCCGCACUCGAUCGCGGCAGGGAUUAGGGAGUUGCAUUUCGCGCCCCCGCUCCAAUCAGUGUUGAAGCAGAAAAAUGGGCCGCAAUCUCGCCCGUGCACACCUCCGCCAGGUCCUCCUGAACCAGAGCCCCUCGUCGUUGUGUACGAGGAUGGAGCCAUUGCCCAAUGGGUCAUGGACGGCCACUCGUCGGCGUCAUUCAUCUCCCCGAUGUCAUCCGAACCUAUCUUACAGAGUCGCCUUCUCCGUGUUCGCUCAGAUGACCGAAUAUUGGCAGCAUUCGUGUUGGCAGAUGGAGCUCUGGAGCUGUUCGGCGUAUGCGAAGCUCGGAGUUCUGUGCCAAUCCGCUGUGCGCUGCAACCAGGCAAUUCAGUGGACCGUGUCAGCAAGAUCGAUGCGUGUAAAGUCAGGCUAGAUGGCAGGGAUCACAUAAUCAUCGGCGUCGCUUCAGAAGUUGGCGUUAUUUCCCUGUGGGAUGCCGGAUCCUCUGAGUGCAUCUUCAUCCUGGAGGAGAAUCAUGGCGCUAUCGACCAACUGCGGAUAUCCAACUCUCGUGUCGUGAAUUGCCAGUUCUGUGGUGAACCACCCAUGGACAGCUUCAUGGUCUCCGUCUCAAUCGGGCAUGAUGUAAUUUUUCAUAAGGUUUACAUCACGUCGCAGGGAAGGAGGUGUACAUGCCCUCGAAACAAUCCACAAGAAUCGACCAUCCUGGAGCUGGCUACGGGUCGGCGCUCACGGAGUAGCAGCACAGCUUCAACUAUAGGACCAUCCUCGGUGCCAUCAACGCGGAGGUUGUCCUCUGCUAGCACUGCGUCUGCGCCAGACACCUCCGCGUUUCCUGUUUCCGGCCACGGAAUUCUUUCCCGCAGAGCCUCAGAAAAAGGGCUGCGCCGCCUUUCGGAGAGCUACGUGCUAGCCCAUUUAACAGAUGAGGAUGACGAAGGCCAUUCCAUUCACAUCGACCCACCAAUAGCAUCACGUCCUUCGACGUGGUCCAACGUCGCCGUUAUCAGAGCAGGCGAAGCAGCGUGCGAGCGGGGGGGCUGGGACAUUUCAGGUGAAAAAAUAAUAGGUGUCCGCCGCAUAUCCCGAGCACACACAAAAGGCUCACUCCAGCUUUCAUCGACAUCGCGUGGACUAACGCCCGCGGUUCUGGACCGGUGGGAGAUCUGGUUGUUCGAUACCGGUGUCUCAAAGGCACGAAGUGCUACUCUGUCGAGCCUAACUGAUGAUCCCCCUCUUUCUCUCCGGCGGUCCUUCCUUCCUUCGAUGUACCUCAGCCGGCCACCCUCGCCGACUGCGGUGCCAGAAGAGUACCCUCGCAUUCCAUUCACGAGAGUGUCGCCCUUCCUUGCGAUCCGUGGGGCUGCAAUGGCGGGCUUCGGGAAUACUGUAGGACUCUUCCUUGUUUCGUGAUUUUUAUUAAGUAUGGAUAUAACUUUACAUUGUGCGUGGAGGAUGCUCGCUAUCGAAGUGCAAUCUGUAGCAAUCUGUCUUAUUUAUCGUAGUUCUUGUUGUGAUAGGAUCCGGCUGGGUCUUGUAUAUCGUACUCGUUUGAAUAAUCAUGCACUAAAUCAACGUCUAACGCUCAGUAAUAAGACAUGGUAUACUUAUACGAGGAGAUGCCGAUAGUAUCUUACAUCCCCCACAAGCUUGGGUAAGAUAUGAAGAGCUUGAAGCGCUGUGCGCGAGUUGUACCACGGUCGUAG